AAAGGCUCACAUUGACCGCAUCAGCUGUAAUGGAGCUUAUCUGAUGCAGUGACUCAGCCUCUGUGAAUCUGAUUGUAUGUAAUUGCUCUUUUUUUGUACAGGGACUCAUCAACCAAGAACCUGUCAGAAACCACAGGAAAACAUGGGGAGAGUUUUCCUCACAGGAGAAAAAGCCAAUUCAGUAUUAAAACGCUAUCGAAGAGCUAAUAGACUUUUUGAAGAAAUAAGACAGGGCAACAUUGAGCGUGAGUGCAAAGAAGAAGUCUGCACAUUUGAGGAAGCCAGAGAAGCUUUUGAAAAUAAUGAAAAAACUAAAGAAUUUUGGAGCACCUACACAAAAGCACAGCAAGGAGAGAGCAGCAGAGGAAGUGACUGGUUUCAAUUUUAUCUUACUUUUCCACUAAUCUUUGGUCUCUUCAUUAUCCUCCUUGUUGUUUUCCUAAUCUGGAGAUGCUUCCUAAAAAACAAAACUCGUAGACAAACAGUGACCGAAGGCCACAUCCCUUUCCCUCAGCACCUCAAUAUUAUCACUCCACCUCCUCCACCAGACGAAGUGUUUGACAGCAGUGGAUUGUCUCCAGGCUUUCUAGAAUAUGUGGUUGGUCGUUCAGAUUCCGUCUCCACUCGCCUGUCCAACUGCGAUCCCCCACCUACCUAUGAAGAAGCGACUGGCCAGACGAACCUGCGGAGAAGUGAAACAGAACCUCAUCUAGACCCACCCCCGGAGUAUGAGGACAUAGUCAACUCCACUUCAGCCAGUGCCAUUGCUAUGGUGCCUGUGGUCAACACCAUCAAAUGAAACUACAGAUUUCUUUGUACUCUGUUUUUAAAUUACUAAUGAAAGGACUUUGUAGCACUUUACCACUACAUAAACAUGCAUUGAGUUAUUUCAUUGGAUUCCUAAAGCAUACCACUUCAUACUUUCUAGUUUGGUUUUCUUUAGUUCUGUUUCCUGUUAAAAAUCUUUAUCUACUCGUUUUUGCCAAAGGAAACAUGUGAAGAGGGAAAAACACACCAAGGGGUGGGAGUCAUCAUGUGCUGUGAUGAUGAGAUGCAUGUAUCUGUGUGUAUGUAUAUGCAUAUCUAAUAUGUGUAUAUCAACACAGUAUAUUAUGCAACUGUCUUAAAAAAAUCCAUUAACUUCUUUCUUAAUCAUUCAUAAAAGACAGUAUUACUCACUAAAAUUAGACAUAAAGGGCACACAGUUGGUGUAAGAUAGCCAGUAACUUUCUGUAGAAUUCUGCAAAAAGGAGAUAUAUAUAUAUAUGUUUUAAAGACUCUUGCUGGCUUUUGUUAACAUUUUUUCAUCUGUCUUUAAACCCAGAUAAUUCAUGGAAUAGUUCUGAAUUUUAUAUACAUCUCAAAAAUCGAGAGAGUAUAUGUGUACAUGAGAAGCAAUAAUUUGUUUAUAAUGUGCAGCAAGAAAAAUGCUUAGUUGUUAGUGGCAUUUGAUUCACUUUAUACUAGGGUUUUUGGUUGUUGUUGUUGCUAUUGUUAUUGACCCCCGCUCUCCAAAUUAAAUACUUUGCUUAGCAUCCCUGAAUGUUUUGUGCUAUUUGUAUGAAUAACUUUGGAUGAUUUUCCUGGUGACAAAAUGUGUAAAGUAGACAUCUGUACUAAUGACAGACACUAGAUAACAAUUACUUACUGAUUUGCUGACGAGUAGCAAUAAUUAUUUUCUUCUUCCUGUGUAUUCUUUUAUUCUACAUAGUCUCUUUCCUACCACGACAGAAUCUUCAAGCACCUAAGAGUUAAAAUAAGUUUUUUUG